GACGAGAGGGUGAGGAGAGGGUGUAGCCGAUCCUCGGAGGGGCUCGCUCUGGUGGACUUGCUGUUGGCUGGGCGGCGCCAUGGCGGAGAGAAAAGGCACAGCCAAAGUGGACUUCCUGAAGAAGAUUGAGAGAGAAAUCCAGCAGAGAUGGGAGACUGAGAAGGUGUUUGAGGUCAGUGCGUGUGACGCAGAGCAGCAGACCAGCCGGGGCAAGUACUUUGUAACAUUUCCAUAUCCGUAUAUGAAUGGGCGUCUUCAUUUGGGACACACGUUUUCUUUAUCCAAAUGUGAGUUUGCAGUUGGAUACCAGAGACUGAAAGGCAAGACUUGCCUGUUUCCCUUUGGCUUGCACUGCACGGGGAUGCCUAUAAAGGCAUGUGCUGACAAGUUAAAAAGAGAAAUAGAGCUGUAUGGUUGUCCUCCUGAUUUUCCAGAUGAAGAAGAGGAGGAGGAAGUCAAUGUUAAAACAGAAGAUGUAGUAAUUAAGGAUAAAGCUAAAGGAAAAAAGAGUAAAGCUGCUGCCAAAGCUGGAUCCUCUAGGUACCAGUGGGACAUCAUGAAAUCCCUGGGCCUGUCGGACGGGGAGAUCGUCCAGUUUUCCGAAGCAGAGCAUUGGCUUGAUUAUUUCCCACCACUGGCUGUUCAGGAUCUGAAAAGGAUGGGUUUGAAGGUGGAUUGGCGGCGUUCCUUCAUCACCACUGAUGUGAAUCCUUACUAUGAUUCAUUUGUCAGGUGGCAAUUUUUAACGUUAAGAGAAAGAAACAAAAUUAAAUUUGGAAAACGGUAUACCAUUUAUUCUCCAAAAGAUGGACAGCCUUGCAUGGAUCAUGACAGACAGACUGGAGAGGGUGUUGGACCUCAGGAAUAUACGUUAAUCAAGUUGAAAGUGCUGGAGCCAUACCCAUCCAAAUUGAGUGGCCUGAAAGGUAAAAAUAUCUUUUUGGUAGCUGCCACUCUCAGACCUGAGACCAUGUUUGGACAGACAAAUUGUUGGGUUCAUCCUGAUGUGAAGUAUAUUGGAUUUGAGACGAUGAAUGGUGAUAUAUUCAUCUGUACCCAGAGAGCAGCCAGAAACAUGUCGUACCAGGGCUUCACCAAAGACAAUGGAGUGGUGCCUGUUGUUAAGGAAUUAAUGGGGGAGGAAAUACUUGGGGCAUCACUUGCUGCACCUUUAACAUCCUAUAAAGUGAUCUAUGUUCUCCCAAUGCUCACGAUUAAGGAGGAUAAAGGCACUGGGGUGGUCACGAGUGUUCCCUCGGACUCUCCUGAUGACUUUGCUGCCCUCAGAGACCUGAAGAGAAAGCAGGCCUUACGAGCCAAGUAUGGAAUUAGGGAUGACAUGGUCUUGCCAUUUGAACCUGUACCAGUCAUUGAAAUCCCGGGUUUUGGAGAUCUUUCUGCUGUAACACUUUGUGAUGAGUUAAAAAUUCAGAGCCAGAAUGACCGAGAAAAACUUACAGAAGCAAAGGAGAAGUUAUAUCUAAAGGGAUUUUAUGAAGGUAUAAUGCUGGUGGAUGAAUUUAAAGGACAGAAGAUCCAGGAUGUAAAGAAGACCAUUCAGAAGAAGAUGAUGGACACCGGGGAUGCGUUGAUUUAUAUGGAGCCAGAGAAGCAAGUGAUGUCCAGGUCUGCAGAUGAAUGCGUUGUGGCUCUCUGUGACCAGUGGUACUUGGAUUAUGGGGAAGAGAACUGGAAGAAGCAGACAUCUCAGUGCUUGAAGAACAUGGAAACGUUCUGUGAGGAGACCAGGAGGAAUUUUGAAGCUACCUUAGGUUGGCUGCAAGAACAUGCUUGCUCGAGAACGUACGGUUUAGGCACCCGCCUGCCUUGGGAUGAGCAGUGGCUGAUUGAGUCGCUCUCUGACUCCACCAUCUACAUGGCAUUUUACACAGUUGCCCACCUGCUGCAGGGAGGUAACUUGCGUGGGCAGGCAGAAUCUCCGCUAGGAAUCAGGCCACAGCAGAUGACUAAGGAAGUUUGGGAUUAUAUUUUCUUCAAGAAUGCUCCUUUUCCUAAGACUCAAAUCCCAAAGGAAAAAUUGGAUCAGUUGAAACAGGAAUUUGAGUUCUGGUACCCAGUGGAUCUUCGAGUCUCUGGCAAGGAUCUUGUGCCAAAUCAUCUCUCUUAUUACCUUUAUAAUCAUGUGGCUAUGUGGCCAGAACAAAGUGACAAAUGGCCCACAGCUGUGAGAGCAAAUGGACAUCUCCUCCUCAACUCUGAGAAGAUGUCAAAAUCCACUGGGAACUUCCUCACUUUGACGCAAGCUGUUGAAAAUUUUUCAGCUGAUGGCAUGCGCUUGGCGCUGGCAGAUGCCGGUGACACCGUGGAAGAUGCCAACUUUGUGGAAGCCAUGGCAGAUGCAGGCAUUCUCCGUCUGUACACCUGGGUGGAAUGGGUGAAAGAAAUGGUUGCCAGCAGGGACAGCCUGAGAAGUGGUCCUGCCAGCUCUUUCAAUGAUAGAGUGUUUGCCAGUGAAAUGAAUGCAGGAAUUAUAAAAACAGAUCAAAACUAUGAAAAGAUGAUGUUUAAAGAAGCUUUGAAAACAGGGUUUUUUGAGUUUCAGGCUGCGAAAGAUAAGUACCGUGAAUUGUCCAUGGAAGGAAUGCACAGAGAACUCGUGUUCCGGUUCAUUGAGGUUCAAACACUCCUCUUGGCUCCGUUCUGUCCACAUUUGUGUGAACAUGUCUGGACACUUCUAGGAAAGCCUGACUCAAUUAUGACUGCUUCCUGGCCCGUGGCAGGUCCUGUGGAUGAAGUCUUGGUGCGCUCCUCUCAAUACCUCAUGGAGGUAGCACACGAGCUCAGACUGAGACUCAAGAGCUAUAUGAUGCCAGCCAAGGGGAAGAAGACAGACAAGCAGCCACCUCAGAAACCAUCACAUUGCACCAUCUUCGUGACUAAGAACUACCCUCCUUGGCAGCACAUCACCCUGUCGGUUCUGCGAAACCACUUUGAGGCCAACAAUGGAAAAUUGCCUGAUAACAAAGUCAUUGCUAGUGAACUAGGCAAUUUGCCAGAGUUGAAGAAAUACAUGAAGAAAGUGAUGCCUUUUGUUGCUAUGAUCAAGGAAAAUCUGGAGAAGAUGGGGCCUCGUGUUCUGGAUUUGCAGUUGGAAUUUGACGAACAGGCAGUGCUAAUGGAGAAUAUCGUCUACCUGACUAACUCCCUUGAGCUGGAACACAUAGAAGUAAAGCUUGCUUCCGAUGCAGAAGAUAAAGUCAGGGAAGACUGCUGUCCUGGAAAGCCACUCUCUGUGUUUAGAACAGAGCCUGGUGUGCCAGUUUCUCUGGUGAAUCCCCAGCCGUCCAAUGGCCACUUCUCAACCAAAAUGGAAAUCAGGCAAGGAGACAACUGUGAUUCCAUAAUCAGGCGUUUAAUGAAAAUGGACCGAGGAAUCAAAGACCUUUCCAAAGUGAAACUGAUGAGAUUUGAUGACCCACUGCUGGGGCCUCGGCAAGUUCCUGUCCUUGGAAAAGAGCAUACUGGAAAGACUUCUAUUUCUGAGCAUGCUGUUUUCCAUGUGGACCUCACAAGCAAGAAAAUCCACCUUACUGAAAAUGGGCUACAGACAGAUAUUGGCGACACAAUGAUAUAUCUGGUUCAUUAAACUCAUGCAGAUUGGAGACUCAUCCUGGUGUGUCAAGACACUACCACUGUGACCUUGCCUGUUGACUGGCCAUGAAAACCCAGUGCUAGACUCCAGUAGUUCUCAUGUCUAACCAUCCAGUCAUACGUGUAACCAUAGGUAUAUGAACUUGUCUUUAAUUUCUGGUUUUAAUAAAUUUUUUCCUCUUCUUUGGAUCACCAAGAGAAA